CGCACCAGCCAAUCAAUGCCUCCGGGGCGGAGCUUUCUGCAGCGACUUCCGGCAAUAAACCCGGACGCCCACUGAGUUCGGGUGGGGACGGGACACCGAGGUGGUCCACGCUGCAGGCGGGGACUGGGACGUUUGGCGCGCAGGAGAACCAUGCCGUUUUUGGGUCAGGACUGGAGGUCCCCGGGGUGGACCUGGAUGAAAACCGAGGACGGCUGGAAGAGGUGUGAGUCCUGGAGGGCGGAGCUCGAGCAGGAGACAGACCCGCAGGGCCUCAGCCACAGCAGAAUCGUAAACAGUGAAGAUGAGGAGAUGCUCACUGAUGAAGAGCACGGAAGUGCAUCCAAGAAGAGGAGGAAGGGCCGCUUUGGGAAGGACAGCAGCCCUCAGUGUUUUUACCGUGAAAAGUGGAUCUAUGUCCAUAAAGACAGCACGAGAGAACGGCACGGCUACUGCACGCUGGGGGAGGCCUUCACGCGCCUGGACUUCUGCGGCGCCGUGCGGGACGUGCGCCGGUUCGGCUACGUGGUCCGACUCCUGCAGCUCAUCGCGAAGUCCCAGCUGACGUCGCUGAGCGGGGUGGCGCAGAAGAACUACUUCAGCGUUUUGGAUAAAAUCGUCCAGAAGGUGCUCGAGGACCAGCAGAACCCGCGCCUCAUCAGAGACCUGCUGCAGGACCUGAGCGCCGCCCUGGGCGCCCUGCUCAGGGGCGUCGGCAAGUCCGUGCUGGUCGGCAGCAUCGGCGUCUGGGCCUGCCGGCUAGAGACGGUCCUCGCCUGGCAGCGGCAGCUGCAGGAUCUUCAGGUGACGCAGGUGAACCACGGGCUCACGCUCAGCGACCUGCCGCUACACACGCUGAACGACAUCCUGUACCGGCUCUCGGACGGCUGGGACAUCGUCACCCUGGGCCAGGUGACGCCGGCCCUGUCCGCGCUCAGCGAGGACAGGCGGCUGUGGAGGAAGCUCUGCCAGUACCACUUCGCCGAGAAGCAGUGUUGCAGGCACCUGGUCCUCUCCGAGCAAGGCCGCGUGGAGUGGAAGCUGAUGUACUUCGCGCUGCGGAAGUGCUACCCGGCGCGGGAGCAGUACGGCGACACCCUGCACUUCUGCCGGCACUGCAGCAUCCUCUUCUGGAAGGACUGCCGCCUCGCUUUGCUGCUCAAGGACUCGGGCCACCCCUGCACCGCGGCCGACCCCGACAGCUGCCUCACGCCCGUGUCGCCCCAGCACUUCAUCGACCUCUUCAAGUUUUAGGGGCCCUCGGCCCCGCGCAGCGGCCGCGGAACUGGUGGAGCCGCGAGGGGUCCCUGUGACCGAGGAUCACGGACAGGCCCAGGACGAGCUGCCCCGGACCGGGGACCCACGCAAACUCAACUUCUUCUUUA